AUGGUUUCUGUGGCGGAAUGUCAGAAGGUUUGUGCCAUAUGUGACUCACCACGUGCAGCAACACUGCACUUCGGGGCUCGAUCGUGCAAGGCUUGUGCUGCCUUCUUCAGACGUACAGUUUCAAUGCGCAUGAAGUAUAAAUGUGCAGCUGAAGGAAAAUCUUACGAGAACAAGUGUCAUAUUCAUCAUUAUGUACAGUAUCGACGUGAUACUAAUCGCAAAUGCGCUCCCUUAUGCAACGAUACUGUUGUGGAUGACCCCGUCGAACCAGAUCACCAAACGCAACAACAUGAACAGCUUCAUAAUCGGUUGAUGUCAUGUGUUCACAACCACGCAGUUUUGGAAUCGAUGCUCGAUUGGGCAGUAGAAGCUGAGAAGGCACUGAACGAUAGUAGACGAUUGGUUUAUGCCAAACAUACGGCAACAGCGGUGUUUACAUCGAACAGUGAAUUGGUGGGUAGUCGUUUCGAAAUUUCAAUUUAA